UCCUGGCUGACAUUAGCCGUUUGCCUCGGCUUCAAACCAAAGCCUCAAGGUUGCUCCACGUGAACUAAAGCAGCAACUCUCGGUUAUUGAACCAAUGGCUACCGCUCACCUUUCAACUCAAAUUCUCCGGCCAAUCCUUCCUGGUCCUGGCUGUGGCUGUUUCCGACGUGUUUCCACCGCCGGACUCCCUUCUACUUCUCCUUCGCCUCCUACAAUAAUCUUCAAGACAAGGCAAGAACACAAUACAAGGAAUCAAAAGUUAAAGUGGGCACGUAAAUUAAGCCUGGUGGAGCAAAGCAGCCCGCCGAAACCAACUGUUGAUGUUGAAGGGUUAGUUAGUUUCUUGUAUGAUGAUCUUCCCCAUCUGUUUGAUGAUCAAGGAAUUGAUCGAACGGCAUAUGAUGAACAAGUCAAGUUCAGGGACCCCAUAACAAAGCACGAUACCAUUAGUGGUUAUUUGUUUAACAUUUCUUUGUUGAAGAUUCUCUUUAGGCCUCUGUUUCAAUUGCAUUGGGUCAAGCAGACAGGACCUUAUGAGAUAACAACAAGGUGGACUAUGGUGAUGAAGUUCAUGCUUUUGCCUUGGAAGCCUGAGCUGGUCUUUACUGGAACUUCUGUUAUGGGAAUUAACCCAAACAAUGGAAAGUUCUGUAGCCAUGUGGACUUCUGGGAUUCUAUACAGAACAAUGAGUAUUUUUCACUAGAAGGUUUAUGGGAUGUAUUUAGGCAGUUGCGGAUUUAUAAGACUCCUGACUUGGAGACACCAAGAAAUCAGAUACUGAAGAGGACUGCAAAUUAUGAGGUAAGGAAAUAUGCACCAUUCAUAGUGGUAGAAACAAAUGGAGACAAGUUGUCAGGGUCAACUGGUUUUAAUGCUGUUGCUGGAUAUAUCUUUGGUAAGAAUUCUACAACAGAGAAGAUACCAAUGACUACUCCUGUGUUCACCCAGGCACUUGAUCCUGAAUUGUCUGAUGUAUCCAUCCAAAUUGUUCUUCCAGCGGAGAAAGAUAUCAGCAGUCUGCCAGAUCCUAGUCAAGAAAAAGUUUACUUGAGAAAGGUGGAAGGGGGGAUUGCCGCAGCAUUGAAGUUCAGCGGAAAACCGACAGAGGAUGUUGUUCGUGAGAAAGAGAAAGCACUGCGCUCUAGUCUUAUUAAAGAUGGUCUCAAAUCAAAGAUGGGUUGUUUGCUUGCACGGUACAAUGAUCCGGGACGUACAUGGAGCUUUAUGAUGAGAAAUGAAGUUCUAAUUUGGCUUGAAGAAUUCUCUUUGGAUUAUCAAGAAAACUAGCCGCGGAUCGUUAUUUUCCGGAUCUCAAAUCGACCGUGACAGCUUGAAGUGGUCGUUAAAGAAACAGAAUAGGUUGUCUCUUAAAGAACGUCUCUUUUACCUAAGCAACUCGCAGUGUAAAGUAUUUUAUUCUUGCAAAAGGUCAUAGAUAUGUAGCAAAUUAAACUAUCCAGGAAUGAAACUUGUAGAAGCUGAUCAAUACCAGCGGCCAGUUAAAAGACUGGACUGAUCUGUAUAGCAACAAAGCCUUUGCUUUAUUGUAAAACAUGAGAUAUUGUAAUGCUUACAGUAUGCAAACUUCUAAGCUGAAGCUGUAUUUCUACUGUCAUUCAGCCAU